AUGUCUGAGGUUCCUCCCCCACCGGCAUUGAGCCCUGAGGUGGCCGCACAGGACAAAGGCCCCGCCAUCAUUGCCAUUAUCGUCUUGGUGACUGUGCUGGAAACGCUCUUCACUAUGGCGAGACUUUACGUGCGUGGCAGGCUCCAAAGGCGUCUGCAACUGGACGACUACUUGAUCGUUCUGGCCGUGAUCUGUGGCUGGUGUGCCGUCAUUUUCGGAGUCAUGGCGGUCAAUUCGGGCAAUGGGAAACACUUUGCCAUCCUCGACCUGGAUCAAAAGGCAGCCGUGAUUCUCUGGACCAUUGUCGGUUUCUGCCCCGGAGUCAUGUCCUUUGGCCUCCCGAAGCUGGCCGUCGUUUACCUCCUCACGCGGCUGCUGAACCCCGGGCGCGCCCACCGCAUCUUUCUCUGGUUUCUCAGCAUUUGGACAGUCAUCAGCCUGAUCGGAUGUGUGGUGGUCCUGUUUGCUCAGUGCUCGCCUGCGCGGUCGCAGUGGGACUUUUCCGUCAAGGGAACUUGCUGGGAUAAGAUGGUUCUGGUAUACUAUGCAAUCUACGCCGGCUCUCUCUCUGCGGCCACCGAUCUCUACCUUGCCGUGUACCCUGCCAUUGUGCUCUUUAACCUUCGGCUACCUAUUAAGAAAAAGAUUGCCCUUACUGCCGCCCUCGGUAUUGGUUCAGUUGCUACCGUUGUAGCCAUAUAUAAGACUACGCGACUCGUCAAUCUCGCGAGUGAUGACUUUUCAUAUGACACAUCUGAUCUGGUGAUUUGGACAUGUAUCGAAGGAAGCACGAUCAUCAUCGCCUCGUGUAUCCCCAUCCUCCAGCCCCUCGUCGACAAGAUCUACGGUGGCCGACUCUUCAGCUCCGCCUCCAGACGCAACUACAAGAACUACGGCUCGGAAAGAACCGGGGCUAUGCCCGCCCAAUCCGACAUUGAGCUGUCCUACCACGCCCGGAAGAGACCUGUCAAGGACCCCAAUGGCCUCACUUUCCUCGACCAAACCAAGGGCGGAAGCGAAGAAAGCAUUCUCGGGCUCAAUGAAGCCGUUGGGCACAAAGGCGCUUCGACUCUUUCACCUGGUGUCAACGUUCCCGGGAGGAUCAUGAGGACUGACGUGAUUGAGGUCUCGCAUCAUUCGGCGAGUCAGCAAACGUUGGAAGCAGCCACCCUCUACCAACUCCGCGAAAUUUACCACACGACGAACCUUUUGCUUGCCGGACAAAUGAGCAAAAGUCUUCAGGCGCCCGUUUCCGGCUUCUCGCUGCUCCCCUUCGAGCUCCGCCACCAAAUUUGGCUCGAGUUCCUCGCCGACCAGCCGGGCCGCAUCUACCAAUUCUCCCUCGCCCCGCCUCUGGUGCCCGGCGGCGAUAUCGUCCCGGACUCCCGCGAGCACUGGCACCGACGGGGCAGGUUUUACGCCCACCCCGUCUCCAGCCUCGCGCAGGCUUCGAAACCAGGGCGGACGCUGGACCAAGUGUGCCGCGAAUCCCGCGCGGUGGCGCGCAAGGUGCUUCCGGACUCUCUCGAAUUCUUCCUAUCAGAGUAUGCGAACGCUCUACUCGAUGAUGGUGAAUCCAGCCUUCAAGAAGCGCCGGCUCUCCGGAGGAGGAGAUUCCUAUCGGGCGUCCUCCGCUACGACGCUUCCAAGGACAUGAUUUCCAUACUCUCCAACGUGGCCAAGCGGCAAUACUUCCUCGAUGCCCGACUUCGUAGCGACGCCCCGCCUUUCCCCGGUCGCGGGAUCAAGCGUCUAGGCGUCCCCGCUAGUUCAUUCAACGAGUACCGCGACGUGAUGCGGCCCACCGCCCGCUGCCCUGCUCGCUGCGAAGGCCCGUCGUGCGCGUCCGGGUGCGAGCUCGAUAAUUUUCCCGCGUGGGUGCGGCUCUUCCCCGAUCUGACGCAGCUCUACAUAAUCGACGAUACGUCGCCUGGCUACUCGAUUAGCAUGGAGGGAUGCAAGUGUCUUCAAGCCGUGGACUCUUAUAAGCAUGCGUGGCCGCGCAUCAAGGGCGUUGAAUGGAACCCCAAGUCCCGGCACCCUUUUCAGUGGGCGUGGUACGUCGUCCGUGACGAGACGCCGGAUUGCCCGUUUCUCCUGCCCAUCCAGGUUGAGUGUCUCCGCGUUAAAUAG